AGUGCGCCCCACGCCGGGGCCGGCGCCCGCUUUCACGCACCUGCACUGCGCAGCCCUCCCUGGCGCUCUUUUGGAGAAGGGCCUCCUCAGGCUUUCAGGGCAUCACUCUCCGCAGCCAGCUGCCUUACGGAAGGCCGAUGUUCCCCGUGUAAAUGCGGUGCUUUCCUAAAAUGAGAUUCAGGGGACUCGCUCGGUCCUGGCCAGCCCGGAACGAAAAGUUGGAGCCCCGCUUCCUGGUCGAUCUCAUUGGCGGGGCCACUUCCGCCCCAGGGUUUGGAAUACCCGAGGCGCUUUGGCGGCGAACACCCUGGAAGGCACUUCCUGUGCCUGUUGCCAAGGCGCCGGCCCCUUGGGCCUAAAGGAGCGACGUCAUUGGCGUCGUCCUCUCCCCCCCCUUCCCGGGGGGUCAAGAUGUCGGGGCUCAGCUGCCCGGAGAGAGAGGGCUGCCGUCACCUGCUCGGCCUGCUGGAUACCGACGAUAUCAUGGCCCUGUGCGACACCGUCACCAACCGCCUGGUGCAGCCUGAAAACCGCCAAGAUGCCAUUCGUGCAAUUUUAGUGUACAGUCAAAGUGUAGAAGAACUUCUGAGGCGUAAAAAAGUCCACCGAGAUAUCAUAUUUAAGUACUUGGCAUCACAGGGGGUUGUUAUACCUCCAGCUACUGAAAAACACAAUCUUAUUCAGCAUGCAAAGGAUCACUGGAAAAAGCAAUUACAUCUGAAAUUGAAGGAAACACCAGAGCCAGUUAAGACCUCUCAGGACAUUAGAAACUUUCAAAAGGAGAAAGAAGAAAAAACUGAAAAAGUUGAUUUCCGUCAAUUAGGAGAAGCAUUCUGUCACUGGUUCUUUGAACUUCUUAAUUCUCAGAAUCCUUUUUUUGGACCACCUAAAGAUGAAUGGGGGCCACAGCACUUCUGGCAUGAUGUCAAGCUUAGGUUUUAUUACAACACAUCUGAACAAAAUGUGACAGACUACCACGGAGCAGAAAUAGUGAGCCUUCGUCUGCUGUCACUUGUGAAAGAAGAAUAUCUUUUUCUCAGUCCCAACCUUGAUUCCCAUGGAUUGAAAUGUGCUUCUUCUCCCCAUGGUCUGAUUAUGGUUGGAGUUGCUGGGACUGUCCACCGAGAGAACUCUUGUUUGGGCAUUUUUGAACAAAUUUUUGGACUCAUCCGCUGCCCUUUUGUGGAGAAUACUUGGAAAAUCAAAUUUGUCAACCUUAGGAUUAUUGGAGAGGCUUCCCUUACUCCUGGAGCAUUAAUGAAACCAGCUAUUAAAUUUGAACCGAGUGAUCUAGAGGCCUUUUAUAAUGUAAUUAUCUUAUGUGGUGUCAAUGAAGUACAAUGUAAUGUAAGGCAGACGGGUAGUGGAACUGGAGACCAAGGUUUGUGCAGUGGAAAUGAGGCAUUGUUGAACAAAAGAUAACAGUUUAAGUAAUCCUCUAAAGCACUGAGCACUGUAUGUAUGGAAACUAUUCCAGACACUGCAUUGAUAUAUUUUAGUUGAAAUAUCUUUUUUGACUACAGACUAACAUAUGUGAGUACUUGCCUCUUUCUACCUGAGCUGCAGCAAACGUUCUGAGGGCUUACUGCAGUUCAUCAAAUAAAUCCCACUUUAGAUGUUA